AUGUCAAAUAUUCUUUUUUUAAUCGUUAUUGUCUUGACGUGUAUUUCCACCGAAACCGCUGCCCAAGUGGUCUGUUUUAAUCCGAUGGCAAUUGGCGAACUUCGAGCUUUGAAGUCAAAGAAAUGUGUUAACAUAGCUGGAACAGAUGGUGUCGGAAAGAUUAAUACACAUGAAUGUGAUGGCUAUCAUGAUCAGCGAAUUAUUAUGUGUGAAGAUGGUACGAUUAGGAAUUCAAAAGCGCCUCAUAAUUGUUUUACACCAGGCAAAGACGGAAAUGGAAAUUUGAAGUCAGCUUCUUGCAAGGUAUACCCAGCCAUACCUGAUUAUCAGAAGUGGAGACAUGGAAGGUCAAAAACCUUCGUAGACACAGGUGGAAUUGAACAAGAAGCAAGAGAAAUCAUAAACGUGAAAUCUGAAGCGUGCAUGGAUGUUAAUGGCCGUUGUGGUCCUUGCAAAAAUGUGGAUAACCAGUACUUCUACUUCCGUUCUCGGGGUAAGUUGCUGGCACAUGGGAUGCUACAAGUUAAGAAAUCUGGUCUUUGUCUGGAUGUGGAGGGAGACCAAGGACGUGGCAAUGUUUACAUAGACAGCUGUAAAGACGCUGCUAAUCAGCAUUUCGAUUUUCACGAAAAUGGGGAAUUACUUAACAAAAUAUCUGGAUUGUGUGUCAAUAUUGCGGGUUAUGAUGGAGAUGGCGAUAUCACUACGCAAGUGUGUGAAGAUUUGCCUGAUCAAAUGUGGACACGACCGCACCAGUACUGCCAUGAAGAUUACUGUUCUUUCCAGAGUAAGAAGAAGCCGAUCAAUUGCAUGGACGUUAGUGGAACGAGUGCAAAGAUAAAAAGCAAUGUGUUGACCCAUGAGUGUGACGGGGCUCCUGAUCAACGCUUUAGAUGGGUGGAUGAAAAAUGGGACACACCUAGUGCAACAUGGUCCGUGGUUGGCUGCAAUCAAAACGGUAAAGUUACUCACGAGAUAAGCAACACGAUCAGUUACACGACAAAAAUCACUAAGAGUAUAUCAGUCUCAGUUAGUUCUACAAUCAAAGCUGGUUUCACAUUUGGCAGCGCAUCAGCCAGCACAUCAGUCACUACAAACGUGUCAUCGUCGCUCGCAAAAGAGUGGGAAGACAGCCAAUCAGAAACCAAAGCGAUAACUUUCCCUUGCGAAAACUAUGAUACAGGAAAGCCAUUCACAGGGGGAUGCAUGUGGCAACUCCGACUCACUACCAAGCAAACAACGAAAGACGGUAUUUUGAAGUGGUCGCCCCAGAUCGUGAAAUGUACAAGCAAUCGCCAAGAACCAAAAUGCCCUCCAUUUACGAGAUGCAACGAUAGCGCAUGCACAAUGUGUGAAGAAGUGCCAAGUGUUCGUAAGAAAAAAAGCGUCGAGGAAUCCUUGACAUGGAAAAAAUUGUUGAAGAUAGACUAG